GGUAUCCGAACUUUUUUUUGAUCAUAUUUUCGAUCCUGGGCAACAACUGGAGAACAUCAAUUUCUAUGAUGUUUUGGACGGGUGCAUCACAGUAAUUAAGUAGUUCAACCUGCAAAGAAUUGGUCGAGCCACUGUUUUCUCAUGCUGCGGCCACAUCUGAUUCAGAGGCUUCCAGAGCUUCCAUUGAUGCUUACCCGUACUUUUCUUCAAUUUCGUUUUAUCCCAACUCGAGCGGGUCUUUAUGCAACAGCACGUCGAACCGUAAUAAACUCACCAUGCAUUCCGAGUCAUCUAUCUCGAUGCCACCAUCAAGAGUUCUUCCAAAAGCCAUUCUACUCAAGCUCCAGGUACUUUGCAACCAGUCUGUCGCGAUCCCAGAAGCACCAUGACGCAGAGGGACAACACAAACCAACUAUAAGAGAGAACAUUUACACUAUACCCAACUUAUUGACAACUUCGCGAAUAUUAGCAUGUCCUGUGCUCGGUUGGUCGAUCCUGCACGACGACUUUUACUUCGCAACGGGAUUGCUUCUCUAUGCUGGGCUUUCGGACUUGCUCGAUGGUUAUUUGGCGAGGAGGUUCAAGAUGCAAUCCGUGUUGGGCACUAUCCUAGAUCCCGCUGCGGACAAAACGCUAAUGACCACUCUGACAGUCGCGUUGACCAUGAAGGAAUUACUUCCUCUCCCACUAGCUGUCAUUAUUAUUGGGCGCGAUGUGCUUUUGAGUCUGUCUGCAUUUUACAUAAGGUACACAUCAUUGCCUGCUCCGAAAACGCUCUCCAGAUACUGGGAUUUCUCUAUACCGUCAGCAGAAGUCCGACCGACAUUCAUUAGCAAGGUAAACACAGCCCUGCAAUUGGUGCUCAUGGCUGUGACCACUAUCUCACCAAUUGCCCCUGCGGCGUUUGCCUUUUCCUUGCCAUCGCUGCAAUGGACCGUGGCAGCAACAACUAUUUGGAGUGGGUUGUCUUACGUUUUCUCUAAGGACGCAGUUCGUAUAAUAUCGCAAACGCACAAGCACAAACACCCUCCCCCACGCUAAACAUCUAGGUUAAGGAAACCAAACCGUUUGGUCAUGGGUACAUUAGAAACACACAGUUUACAUAUUCAUACAGUGAUACAUGACAAAAAGGGCCUAAUGAAUACAACAAGAUCGUGCAAAUAAUGAACUGAGGUAUUAUGCAUCUUUAUAUCGGUAAUCUAUAAUGUAGUGACGGUUCUACGACGUCGCACUUCCUGGAGCGCAGCAGCGACCGCUUGCUUUGAUGCACUCUCCUUUCGCCAUUUGUCGCUGGCAACUCUGUUUAACAAGUCAGAACGAGUUCUCAGACCUGGACAGGCAGGAGAAACCUACUUAGCGCGUCGCACAAAUAUCAAGGACAAGGCAACGCUUCUCAGUGAACGAUUCUUCUUAGCUGCAGUGGGGAUCUGGAUUGGUUUGGGAUAGCCUACUCUAGCUAUGGCAGCUAGUAUGCGUUGCUCGCUACAAAAGUUUAUGAAUCAAUCGGAGAACGAGUUCCUGAGGCUACACACCUCGCUUCAAACCUUGCC